AAAUAGCGUCCAUCCAGAAAGAUCAAACGGAGCAGUUCCUCAAGAUGCGCUGUGGCAUAUCAAAAUGAUGUCUCCACCGCUAGAAGGCGAAAACUCAAUCCGAUGUGGUGAUUACUCACUCUGUGUCAAUGGAGAGAACUCAUCGAUGAAGUUCACUUACCGAUUUACUCCAUCGAACACAAGUGGAAUCUGGGCUUUCCAGCGCCUGGUGUAUCAGUAUUCUGACAAGAAGUGCUUGUCUUCAAAUCGCGUUCUCUGGAUGAACAUUUCCUAUGUUAUCAUUGACAAUUCAGAAGACACAUAUACUUUUCAGCUUGUGAACGGCAGUUUUGAGUUUGUCGACUCUCUGACCUCCUAUUGUGUCCCUCUUCGCGCAAAUCAGGAACACUCGAUCAGCGAUUAUGUUUGUACGGGUUUUCCGGAAUAUGAAAAUCAAAAAUUGAAUUUAACCGAGUUGCUGCAUCGAACGAUCGAAACCGUUGAUUUUGUUUUUACUGAAAAGCAGUUGCAAGUGAUUUCAGGAGGGAAAAGCACGUUUUACGACCUCGAAAGCAAGGAACUAUGCGAAGGCGUCCAAGUCCAAGUCAUUGUUAUUUAUGUAAUCGUUCUCGGCGUCUGCACUGCUUUGAUUGUUGCCUUUAUCUCUGUGAUUUGCAAAUCGCGCUCGGAGCCCAUCUAUCCUCGGCGAGAAAUCCGAAGCAUUUCAUCUCCCCUUCCUCUCGGUACGCAUCCCUAUUCUAAGAAAUGUUCGUACCAGCGUUGUGCUGUCGACAUUAUUGUUUGGUGUGUUUGUUGGAAACAGCUUUUGUUUCUGGGUUUGCCAUUCAUGGUGCUGCGUAUGAAAAAGAAAAGAAAAGAUAAGAUAAGAUAA